AUGGGCUUUUUUAAUGAUAAUAUUGUAAUUGAAUAUUUUCAUAAACUUUUUAGAAAACCAGGUGAUUUUUUAAUGUGGUUAUUUACUGGUCUAAUUGUAUCAAGUACUCUAUAUUUAAUAUUAGCACCUUUCCCAUCAGAUUUUGAUAUUGAAAAUAAUAUAGAUAAUAGAAAGAAAGGUAAAAAAAGAUUAUAA